UGUUUUACCAUUUGUAGCAUCUGAAGUUUUAAGAGGUCAACCUUAUACUUUAUCUACUUAUGAUUUUCAACUUGGUUUAGAUAUUUGCAAAGGUAAACAUUCUAAAGAUAUUGAAAAUAUUCCACAAUGUUAUAUAAAUUUAAUGAAAAAUGUUGGGAUAUAG